UAGUGGUUUCACCCUUGGAUUCUUCUUGGCGUCUUCUCUUUAGUUUUCAGUAUUUAACGUAAAACGCCAGCCGGUUCCGGCGCACCACCCCGCGUACAGCCAUUAGAGAAGAGUAGAAACAAUGGCUGAUAACAGUGCAUUAACAUCCACUACUGGGAGUACAAGCUUGGCAGACUGUUCCAUUUUUGAUUCUAAAGUUACUGAAACUUCUAAGGAAAACUUAUGUAUUGGAUCUACUUCAUAUGUUGAAGAAGAAAUGCCUCAGAUUGAAACAAGAGUGAUACUGGUUCAAGAAGCUGGAAAACAAGAAGAACUUAUAAAAGCCUUAAAGACUAUUAAAAUAAUGGAAGUCCCUGUUAUAAAGAUAAAAGAAAGUUGUCCUGGAAAAUCGGAUGAAAAAUUAAUAAAAAGUGUUGUUAAUAUGGAAAUUAAAGUGCCGUUUGUAAAGAUGGAAACUGUUGAAGAAUUUAAAAGUUUGGAUUCUCCAGAAUUUGAAAAUGUAUUCAUAGUCAUGGACUUCCAGGAUUCUGUCUUUCAUGAGUUAUACAAGACUGAUUGUAGAGUUAUUGGACCACCAGUUGUAUUAAACUGUGUACAAAAAGGAGAGCCUUUGCCAUUUUCAUGUCGCCCCCUCUAUUGUACAAGCAUGAUGAAUCUAGUACUGUGUUUUACUGGAUUCAGGAAGAAAGAAGAACUAGUCAGAUUGGUGACAUUGGUUCAUCACAUGGGUGGAAUUAUUCGAAAAGACUUUAAUUCAAAAGUUACACAUUUGGUGGCAAAUUGUACACAAGGAGAGAAAUUCAGGAUAGCUGUGAGCCUGGGUACUCCAAUUAUGAAACCAGAAUGGAUUUAUGAAGCUUGGGAAAGGCGGAAUGAACAGGAUUUCUGUGCAUCCGUUGAUGAUUUUAGGAAUGAAUUUAAAGUUCCUCCAUUUCAAGAUUGCAUUUUAAGUUUCCUGGGAUUUUCAGAUGAAGAGAAAACCAAUAUGGAAGAAAUGACUGAAAUGCAAGGAGGAAACUAUUUACCUGUUGGAGAUGAAAGAUGCACUCACCUUAUAGUUGAAGAGAAUAUAGUAAAAGAACUUCCAUUUGAACCUUCGAAGAAGCUUUAUGUUGUCAAGCAAGAGUGGUUCUGGGGAAGCAUUCAAAUGGAUGCCCGAGCUGGAGAAACUAUGUAUUUAUAUGAAAAGGCUAAUACCCCUGAGCUCAAGAAAUCAGUGUCACUGCUUUCUCUAAGUACUCCAAACAGCAAUCGCAAAAGACGUCGUUUAAAAGAGACACUUGCUCAGCUUUCAAGAGAGACAGACAUGUCACCUUUCCCUCCCCGUAAGCGCCCAUCAGCUGAACAUUCCCUUUCUAUAGGGUCACUCCUAGAUAUCUCCAACACACCAGAAUCUAGCGUUAAUUAUGGAGAAACACCAAAAUCUUGUACUAAGUCUUCUAAAAAUUCCACUCCAGUUCCUUCAAAGCAGUCAGCCAGGUGGCAAGUUGCAAAAGAGCUCUAUCAGACUGAAAGUAAUUAUGUAAAUAUAUUGGCCACAAUUAUUCAGUUAUUUCAAGUGCCGUUGGAAGAGGAAGGACAACGAGGUGGGCCUAUCCUUGCACCAGAAGAGAUUAAGACUAUUUUUGGUAGUAUUCCGGAUAUCUUUGAUGUGCACACUAAGAUAAAGGAUGAUCUUGAAGACCUUAUUGUUAAUUGGGAUGAGAGCAAAAGCAUUGGUGAUGUCUUUCUUAAAUAUUCGAAAGAUUUGGUAAAAACCUACCCUCCCUUUGUGAACUUCUUUGAAAUGAGCAAGGAAACAAUUAUUAAAUGUGAAAAACAGAAACCAAGAUUUCAUGCAUUUCUGAAGAUAAACCAAGCUAAACCAGAAUGUGGACGGCAAAGCCUUGUUGAACUGCUUAUCCGACCAGUACAGAGAUUACCCAGUGUUGCAUUACUUUUAAAUGAUCUUAAGAAGCAUACAGCUGAAGAGAACCCUGAUAAAAGCACUCUAGAAAAAGCUAUUGGAUCACUAAAGGAAGUAAUGACCCACAUUAAUGAGGAUAAGAGAAAAACAGAAGCUCAAAAGCAGAUUUUCGAUGUUGUUUAUGAAGUAGAUGGAUGUCCAGCUAAUCUUUUAUCUUCUCACCGAAGCUUAGUUCAGCGAGUUGAAACAAUUUCUCUAGGUGAGCACCCCUGUGACAGAGGAGAACAAGUAACUCUCUUCCUCUUCAAUGACUGCCUGGAGAUAGCAAGAAAACGACACAAGGUUAUUGGCACUUUUAGGAGCCCUCCUGGCCAGACCCGACCCCCAGCUUCUCUUAAGCAUAUUCACCUAAUGCCUCUUUCUCAGAUUAAAAAGGUGCUAGAUAUACGAGAGACAGAAGAUUGCCAUAAUGCUUUUGCCUUGCUUGUGAGGCCACCUACAGAGCAGGCAAAUGUGCUGCUCAGUUUCCAGAUGACAUCAGAGGAACUUCCAAAAGAAAACUGGCUAAAGAUGCUAUGUCGACAUGUAGCCAACACCAUUUGUAAAGCAGAUGCUGAGAAUCUUAUGUACACUGCUGAUCCAGAAUCCUUUGAAGUAAAUACAAAAGAUAUGGACAGUACAUUGAGUAGAGCAUCUAGAGCAAUAAAAAAGACUUCAAAAAAGGUUACAAGAGCAUUCUCUUUCUCCAAAACUCCAAAAAGAGCUCUACGAAGGGCUCUUAUGACAUCCCAAAGUUCAGUGGAGGGAAGAAGUCCUUCUAGCAAUGACAAGCGUGUAAUGAGUCGUCUGUCUAGCACAUCAUCAUUAGCAGGCAUCCCAUCUCCCUCCCUUGUCAGUCUUCCUUCCUUCUUUGAAAGGAGAAGUCAUACUUUAAGUAGAUCUACAACUCAUUUGAUAUGAAGCUUAAAAAAAUCUUAAUUUGUAGAAACUUAUAAACACCUCAUACUCAAGUAAGAAACUGACUUGAAGGGUACUUGUCGUUAGCACUUGCUGAAAGCUGGAAAGAAGGUAACACUAAACUAUACCAUUUUUAUUCUUCUUGAAAGAUAAGGUUAACCUUUUACAUUUUUUGCAGUUAAUUGAUGUAAAAAAUUAUAUUGAUUUUGAUGUAAUUUUUCUCUUUGAAUACAAUUGAAGACUAAUAAUUUGUUUAUGAUAUUAGUAACUUUGCCACGUGAUACAAUAAAUAAAUUUUAUUGGUCGAUGCCAAAUACUGCUGUGAAUCUCUUUGUAUAGUGUCCAUGAAUGAAUUUUUGGAAAUAAAUAUUUGUGUAUCUCAAUUUGUUCAGAAAUUAGGUGAUAUCACAGUCCUUAGUAGAUAAAAAACCUGCAUAGAUCUCUGAAUAGUGGGUUCUUGUUUCACAUGUGCUAUUUAAAGAAGUUAUUUAACUGCUCCUUUUGCAGUUUAUUUUGUAAAUAAAGAUAUCACAUGUGGAUUUGAAAAGAUUUGCCCCUGUUAACAAGAAUAACAGUUAAAGGGAUGGUUUCAAAAUAUACUUGCAAAUUGAGGUAAGGACAGAAAGAUUUAAAAAUAAUGUAAAUUUUGCACAAACAUGAUACUGGUGGUGUAUACUUGUAGCUGUUUAAGGGACAAUAUACUUAUGUUGAUUUUAGCCACUAGCAAAUCUUGAUUUAGUUUGAUAGUGUGUGGAAUUUUAUUUUGAAGGAUAAGACCAUGGGGAAAUUGUGGUAAAGAUUGUUUAUACUCUUUAUGAAAUAAUUAUAAAAGUUUGCUAAUCUACUGUAAAAUACAUAGAUAUGUGUAUGGUCAAAUUUUUAUUGUGGCCUCAUAAUUAAAUGUAAAAUUGAAAUACAUUUAUUUGUUGUUGUAAAAUAUUUUUCAAACCCUGAUGUUAUCUUUCAUAAUAGUCUUUUUUUUUUUAUAGUCAGUAAUACAAAAUAAUCAAGUUCCUAUGAAUAAAUGCAUUUUUAUUUCCUACCUGUUUAGGGAGCACUGCAAAUGUUUGUCAUUUAACAAUUUUCAGUUAUCUGUUAAAUAGUUCAACUGACUAUAUAGAUUUUUUCCUAUGCCACAUAUGUACCACUUUUAAAUAGUAAAUGAUCCUUUAUUGCUAUAUUUUAAAAGCAGUUGUAUUAGGAAGAACUUUGUAAAUAAAU